AUUACAUAUUUCAUACUUUUUAUGCACGAUCACCAGCUGCAGUAUUGUCUAAGAGACUAAAACUAAUAAAAUUGGAACUAGAAAUACAAUCAGAUUGGCAUCAUAUUCACUAUGUCCAGAAGCACUACCAAAAUGAUUUUGUAAGUUGUGAUCACGUGGCUUCCUUGUCUUAGUGUUUAGCAGAAAAAUGCCAGAUGUUCAGUUGGGAAGACACACGAUCAGAUCACAUGGAACUAAAGUGGCAAGGACACAUAUGCAUGACUGGUUUAUUCUUUUGCUUCUUGUUAUCAUUGAUGUCAUCUUGAAUGUGAUAGAGCCAUUUCACCGUUUUGUUGGAGAGGGGAUGCUGACUGACCUGAGAUACCCAUUGAAAGAUAAUACUAUACCCUUUUGGGCUGUUCCAAUAGUAGCAAUAUUGUUGCCAAUAGCUAUCAUUCUUGUUUACUAUUUCAUCCGAAAGGAUGUUUAUGACUUUCACAAUGCUAUCUUGGGCCUUCUAUUUUCUGUACUCAUUACUGCGGUGAUAACGGAUGCUAUCAAAGAUGGUGUUGGACGGCCACGCCCAGAUUUCUUUUGGCGUUGUUUCCCUGAUGGAAAAGGGGUGUUUGAUCCAGUAACAAGGGAUGUUAGAUGUACCGGAGAUAAGAGUGUUAUUAAGGAAGGGCACAAAAGUUUUCCUAGUGGACAUACCUCUUGGUCCUUUGCUGGACUUGGUUUUCUUGCAUUGUAUCUAUCUGGGAAAAUUAGGGCAUUUGACCAUAGGGGCCAUGUUGCAAAGCUUUGUAUUGUUUUCUUUCCACUUCUCAUUGCAGCCAUGAUUGCUGUCUCCCGUGUGGAUGAUUAUUGGCAUCAUUGGCAAGAUGUUUUUGCUGGAGGGCUCAUUGGUUUUACAGUUGCUUCCUUCUGUUACUUGCAAUUCUUUCCACCUCCGUAUGACACAGAUGGUUGGGGACCUCAUGAAUAUUUCCAGAUGUUGGCUGAAUCUAGUAAUGGGGUUCAAACUUCAAACAAUAACGACAAUCUUUAUUCGCAUAAUGCUGAGCUUCAGACUGCAUCUGUCUAUAUCCCACCUCAACAUGAUGGUGAUACCGUACGAGUUAAUAGAUGGGAUUCAAACCUCACGGGUUAGAUGGAUCACGAAAUGCAAGGAUACACUGAUAUGGGAAAGAUCACCCGAUGUCCAUAAUCUGUAACAAAUAUGAGUGUUUGUGUAAGUUUCCUUUGCAGAUUAACGACACUAGCAUCGUUGGCUGUUAAAAGUGAACAUUGUACUUAGAUUGAGAUGUUUGUUGGAUUAGGAAUAUCUUGUUAGUUGUCUUUCCUAGCCAUCUUGCAUGUUAGUCGGUAGAUUUCACUGUAAUCAUGUCCAUAUCACAUUAAUAAUUGAGGAGGGUUGGAUGCGUCCCACAGGAUAA